GAAAUCGUCCACACAGUGCUCAUGAAGAGCAUGCGCGCCACCUCCACGAUGUACGGGUGCCGGAGGUUUGUGCGUGCGUGUGGUGCCUGCCGCCACGCGGUGCGGGGUGUGUCGGCGGAGGCGUCCGCUGCGGGCGGCGGUGCCCGGGCUGCCGUAGGGCAGAUGUACGCGCGGUCGCAGACGAGGCGCGAUCCUUUCCUGCGCGAGGGUACGGCGACGAGCCGUUUCUUCCGCGCGUACCGGGCGCGACUGCCGUUUCCGGUGCGCAUGUCUGGCAUCUUCCUGCUGGGGUUCUCGUUGGGGCUGGUGAUUGAGGUGUUUGCGUGCAAGACGCACCUGUACGAGAGCGUGAUGAUGAAGAAGGACGCGCGACGACACGAGUUUGACGAGUUCGUUGUCGACUUCCGCCAGAAUGUGGAGCGGUGGCAGCGGGAAGACAUGGGCAAGCGUCCGGGCAGCUGA